AGCUGCGACUGCAGUGCGAUACCAGAUCCGCCUCCGUUUCGACGCUAUGCUGUCGGCUGUCGUUUUAAACCGCCCGAAAAUGCCAUAACCUCUAAAAACGUCGAACGCAAAAAGCGCGAUUGAAUUCAAGAAACCAUUCUGCUCAAAAUGUGAACUUAAAAGUGAUAAACAAGUAAACAUUGUGUUAAAAUUUUUUAAUGUUUUAAGUCAGAUACCCUGAAAUGCACCUGUUACAGCACUAACGCAUCCAAACGCAAUGCGUUUACGAAAACGUCGAAGAAAUCAAGUGAGCGGAUGGCGAGCCAUCAGACGAUGCGUUGUUUUUUUCACCGCCGUCUGCGUCAUCCCCGUUCUUUUGGUACUACUGGUCGCUACCGAUCACUACAUGAGACCUGUCCAGCACACGACAUUUUUAAGACCUCAGUUUGAUGAAAGCGACAGAAUCCUGAGCGAUUCGAUGCAAUAUUCGCACAACCUCACCAUGGUCGGCAUGCGGAUGGAAAAACGCCGACGUCACCUGAAAAAAUCCUGCCACAACCUGGGCCUGGAUCGUAAUGGUAAUGACACCUUACACAGACCCAACCCAUGGGAGUUUUUGGUCGACAAAAAACACCACUUGGUGUGGUGCAACGUCUUCAAAGCUGCCAGCACCAGCUGGAUGUACAACUUCAACAUCCUGGCAGGGUAUAAACCAAAGUUUUUAAAGAAGAGUAAAUUGGUGCCAAUGACUUUGGCACGUCAGAAAUACCCGAGACCGUCCCUACAAGGUUUAAAGGAAGCCUUUAACAAUUCAGUAUCGUUUGUAAUAGUUCGACAUCCUCUAGAGAGGUUGUUAUCUGCAUAUAGAGAUAAGUUACAGUUUGCUUUGCCUCAUACGCAUCAUCAGAAACUUGGAAAUGAAAUUGUGGCUAAAUAUAGGAACAAACUUAGAAAUAAGGAACAUCGUGGUAAGCCUCAACAAAGAUGGCCGACAUUCCCGGAGUUCGUAGAAUAUCUAGUGGACUCCGUGAAGUCCGGUGAACGCCUCGAUAUGCACUGGACUCCGAUAACCGAGUUCUGCACACCCUGUAUGUUCGAUUUUCAAAUGAUUGCUCACACGGAAACUUUACAAGAGGAUCAAACUUACCUAAUCAAAAAAGCAAAGCUGGAACAUUUGAUAGAACCACAGUGGAAGAAUGCUGGAAAAGGAACCACGUCUGGACAAAUAACCAAAUAUUAUAGCCAGCUGACCAGAAGUCAAAUAUUACAUCUUUAUCAUAUUUAUAGGUAUGAUUUUGAACUCUUUAACUACUCACUAAGUGGUUUUUUGGAGUUGGGACAACAGGACAAGGACCCAUCGACCCUUUUAGCCGCAAUAACCUUAAAAGAUUUUCAACGUUUACCUCUUCCCCAAGUUUACAAAUAAUAAUAACAUUUUAACAUGCUUCUGCCAUCUAGCGUCGAAAAGAUUAAGUAGAAGAAGAAACCUGUACAAAAUAUCUUUAGAAAAAAACCUAAAUAAAUUGUGAUAUAUCUAGCGUUAAAUUGUUAAAUGUAUAAUUUUUUACCGUCUUAAAAAACUGCACAAAAAAAUAAUACUCUAAUUGUAUAAAACAUAUCACAGGAAACAGUUUUAUUGUUAUAGGUAUUUAUAUAAGUAGGUACACCACACCACUGUAUAUACAAAAUUUGUUAAAAAGUUUAUUACCUACAU